AUGGAAAUACAGCUGAAUCUCAAGUCUGCAGGUUUUGUUUUGCUUCUCGUUAUUGGGAUAUCCGCAAACUUCACUAUCCUAAUGUUAUUCCUUGUCUCUGCAAUUUCUGAUAAGAAGCUUAUGCCGACAGAUUUCAUUCUUACCAAACUAUCAUUUGUAAAUAUUGUGGUUGUCCUUGUGAGAGGAAUUCCCCAGACACUAACAGCCUUAGGCAUGCAGAAGUUAUUCAAUGACAAUGGUUGUAAAUUUGUUGUCUUUACCUACCGAGUUUGUAGAGCGAUGUGUGUGUGUACAACAGCUGUCCUAAGCAUAUAUCAGUGUAUUAUCCUUUUACCUCCAUCAUCAAAAUAUGUAACACUGAAACAAAAGGCUUCUCAGAAUAUUCAUCUAAUUUUCAUAUUUCUGUGGUGCAUCAACUAUAUAAUUUAUAUACCUGUUGGAUUUAUGUAUUCUCAGUCUGAAGUGAAUUUAAGUAUUACAAAAUAUACGCUCAACUUACAGUUCUGUUUUGUUAGGCUCCCUGAUGAAGCAUCAUACACAGUUUAUGGAACAAUUUUUAGUUUUCGGGACUUCUUCUUUGUUGGACUCAUGGUACUAUCCAGUAGCUAUAUUGUUGCAGUUCUGUACAAGCAUAACAAAAGACUCCAGAACAUGAGAAGUCUUGACAAAAAACAAGGCAACAGCAUUGAGUUAAAGGUAGCAAAAGCUGUGGUUAUGUUGGUUGCCUUGUAUGUUUUUUUGUUUGGGCUCGAUAAUGCCAUAUGGAUGUAUACCCUCAAUGUUUCUAAGGUCGAAGCUGCAAUUUCUGAAAUUCGUGCCUUCCUUGUCAUACUAUACAAUGCAGUUAGCCCAUUACUAAUAAUUGGAACAAAUAAAAAAAUUCAACAAAAACUGAAAUGCAUUUCUACAAAUGCCAAAUAUAAAACAAAAGAGACCGCUAUUGCACAUAUAACUAGUAACAAGGCAGACACAAUCUCUUAA